AUGUCCCUUCUGCGCUCACCAGCACUGACUAAUGCGCUGGGCAUGGCCAAUUUGACCGCACUGGGCGCCGUAACACUCUACUUCAAGAGUCACCACGAGUAUAACCUACAGGAGCACGAAGCUCGAAUGGACGAGCUCGAGGGGACCUUGCGCGGGCACAUAGGGUUAAUCGAAGACUCGCUCGAGCGGCUCGAGGGCGGUGCGGAGGCGACGGUACCACGGGGUAGUAAGAGCGAAAGGGCGGAAAAGUUGUAUACGAGUCGGGGGAAGGACGAGAAGAAAUAA